UAUGUAAGAACUUUCAUGUAAACUUCCUAUAAUCUACGCUAAUCAACUUCAAGAUCGUGUAUUUGCAGCUCAUUUUACAUUCCACAUGGUAUUUGCCAAUUUAUCGUCGCAUGAGAAAGAUGCUUUCUUUGGUUUGCUAGACGAGUAUUUUCAAGCUCGUCCAGAGAUAUUCGCUGGUGCGAGUUCAGAAGGCGGGGGAGGAGGAUUGUCUCAGGGGGCUGCUGCAUCUGCCGUCCAUCGUGCACUUGCAUCUAAUCCAGAAGCGACAUCAAGAUUGGUAUCGGCAGGACUCACUCAUGCCGGUGGAGGAGCAAGGCCAAACUCAUAUAUGGCAGCGGCUUCUAACCCAGAGGUCAGUAGUUCGAUAGGACGAGUCGCCGCCGCCUCGCUAGCAUUUUCGUCCAACAAUGCCAAAAGCCCACCACCUCCUGCUCCUCCUCGUCGAGAGUCUGGUAACGAUGCUUCGUCCGCGGACGGAGAACACAAUAAACUGGUCUCUGCUCGCAAAUUCGGAAAUGUGGAUACCUCAUCCACGAAAAACAUGUUUGGUUCCAUGAUUCGUAAGACACCCGCCGCCCCCGCUGCCGCUCCUCCCGUACCUUCGGCCUUUUCAGCGCGAAAGGGUGGAUUUGCACCACCUCCUGUGCGGCGCGGGGCCUCGGAUUCGAGUGAAGCGCGUUCGCCAUCUCCUGCCGUCCCUCCUCCUUCUCGAUAUCAAGCACCAGUUGCUCAGCAGGAAGAAGAGGAAGAAGAAGUGCAGGGAGAAUGGGCUGAAGUUCUGUAUGACUAUAGCAGCGAGGAUCCUGCGGAUAUCCAAAUCAAGGCCAAUCAACGCAUAUUAGUGACAGAGAAGUCGUCAGAGGACUGGUGGACGGGUACUGCUGAUGGAAAGCAAGGGUUGUUCCCCGCCUCUUAUGUCAGAUUACUGUGAUGCGCAGAAGCAUAUCAUCCUUCAAUCAGUAGUUCGCUGCUUUCGAGAUACGACAAUUGGC